AUGGCCACCGGGCAGCCUGUAGGAAGCCGCCUGAGUAUUUCUGACGCGCAAAAAAGCCUGUUAGAUGCUCGUUCUCAUGACGAUAUUAAUCAGUCUGCAACUGAUUCCACCUCAAAGCUAAAUGGUUGCUUAGCCAGUAAAGACAAUCCGUGGGCUCGAGCCCUAGGAUCGUCCGGUGAUGGGUCUGACGCGGUUGCAUACCAAGAAGGUGCUUACAGUAAAGACCAAGACUGGCCGACUCUUCAAAGUGCUCUGUCACAAAUGUCACAAUGCUCCACCAACACUUUAGCCACAGGUUCAAAACCAAAAGAAAAGCAGAAACGAAAUUCCACUGAAGUUAGUUCCUGUCAGGCAGAUCUCAAUCACAAACCCCCAGUAACUAAUCAGAAAAAGAAGUGGGAGCAGGCCUCUAUUGAAUACAUUUUCCCAAAGCCAAAUGGUGUUGAUGGAUUUUCUGGUUCACGAUCAGACCGAUGGAAUCGGUCAGGUGAACAUGAUAAGGAGAAUUAUCACAGCGGGAAGUCAAGAGUUGAAGUCAAUUGUCCAAGCGAAAAGGGAAAUUCAGCAUUUGGUCCAAACAGUCUGGGUCACGCAGGAAGUCGACCCCGUCCAUUUGUUCGAUAUGUAAGGUAUCCGAAAUCUACUCGUCCUCAGCGUCGCCAACAGUCUUCCGGUACCUACAUAGCAGCAGGCAACCAUAGCGUAACUGGCUCUAUAACUUCAGGACCAACGUAUGCUGUCACGAAUUCCACAUGGGUUCCAAAUGAUAUUAGGUCGCUCAGCUCCUCCAAGACUCAACACUUUACCUCCUCAUUUAAUCCCCAUUCCUCUUUACGGGUCAAACCCCAAAGUUCAUCACCCGCAUUUCUUUCAGCUCUUGGAUAUCCAUUUCUAAUGAUUUAUCCGACGGCACCUGUGGCGGCAGCACCAGCAACUUCUGGAAUUUCUAAUCCUGUUUACGACUACUGUACUACCAGUCAAGCAUCGCAUGCUCCUAUCGACACUUCAGGAACAUCCCAUUCAGAGUCAAGUGAUUCCUCAGAACCGAACCGUAUAAUACCCCAAUUGUUAACUCCCCCUUUAGUAUCAAUAAACACAACUCCAGGCUUGAACAAUGUUUUUACGUCGCUGUUUCCGGGAACAACCAUUGCUCAACCUGCUAGUUUGUGUUUUCUCGCAUCUUCAAGUAAUGACCCUGCAAUUCUCAUACGUCACCAGAUAUUGCAUCAAGUUGAAUUUUAUUUCAGCGCAGAUAACUUAGCUAGAGAUAUCUACCUUCGUCGCCAGAUGGAUUCUGAUGGCUGGGUUGAUGUGAAUGUGAUUGCUAAGUUUAACCGGGUGGCUUCUGUCUGUUCAGAUCUAAAUGAUAUUUUAGAGGCAAUUAGAGUUAGUCCUUUACUAGAUGUUGAUGUGUCUAAUGCUCGAGUCCGAUCCAAGUCAGAGCCUACAGAAUUUGUAAAAACAUCUGAUAAUGACAUACCAGUCACCUCAGCUCAGGAGGACCUAAACUUUUGUUUCUCAAAUGAAUCCCAUCCUUCCCGUAGUAAUCAAUCGCCGUAUCCCCAGGCACCAAACGACACACGAUCAAGUUUUUCCGAAUUCGAAAAGUAUUCUCCAUCCACUCAUUGUCGAACACGAACAUCAUCCACUAACUCCGAGGAUGAUUUGGACGAUUCUAUGCUUUCCUGCUUGUUGGUAAUUGCUCCGAAUUCUUCUCAUGAUUCUGUGAUUAAUUCUGAUCAUUUGACCGAUGAAGACUCAAGGAAAGAAAGUCCUAAACCCUCACAAGUAUCUUCUGCUCCAAAAAGUUUGACGGAUGCCGAUAGUUCUGUAGAUAAAAGCAUCGAAACUAUAAUUGAUGAUCUCUGCAAGGCGAUAGAAGAGUCCAAUAUUCAUUCUGAUUCCAAUUUUACGGAAGUUAGUGUAUCGGCAGAAUCGUGUAAAGAAGUAAGCGUUAACGGUGGAGAUGUGGUUGUUGCAUGUACAGAUAUACCAUCUACUGCAUAUGUUCCUGAUACUUCAUCUGUUGUUACUUGUUCCAACCCUUCUUUUGUACAGUUCGAUACAUCUAUCUCGGAUAUUUCAGCAGCAUCUUCUCUUUCCAUACAACCAACUGUCUUAUAUUCAGAAUCCUAUAUACCCUAUGGUCAUCUUUCAAUUCCUGGUUUAAUGUCAUAUGCCAUAAUGCCAACAGCUGCAAUCCAUCCGCCUGCGGGUUAUAUUCUACCCACUAUCAACCGUUCUCCAUUUCUAACUCCUUCAGCUCCACUGUAUUACAUUCCUCAGAUGAAUCCUAUACCGUUGGUGCCUCAGAUGAACAACACGUUUUCUCAUAUUUCCACAUCCCAACCAACAUCAUCUUCUGUUAAUCAUGAUCAAAAGAAUCCUUCAUUCUCUAACUUAAGACAAGAUGUUAAAGGUCGUACCGUUGGAUUUUUCCCCGUCUCCAAUGAUUAUGAAGGGAAUACUACAGAAUUUAGCACAGAUGCACAUGGUGCUCGUUCGUCAACGACUAAAGAGAAUGAUACAUUGAGCAAGCGAAAACAUGUAGGUUUCCUUCUUCGUCCAGCCUCUGCUGCUCGUUCUCAGUUGGAUGUCACUUGGAGUGGUGGAAUGCCAACUGCCCAACAUCCAAGUCAUCUUCUCCAACAAAAAGGUUUCACCUUUCAUGCUUACAACCAGUUCCGCUCUAAAUGUCUCAGGGAUCGAGAGGCAAGGGGAAAAGGUCAAUCACAGGAGAUGAACACACUUUACAGUUUCUGGUCAUUUUUUUUGCGUGAGCAUUUUAAUCGAACAAUGUACAAAGACUUCCGAAAACAUGCAGUUGAUGAUGCUAAGGAGAAUGCAAGAUAUGGUCUGGAGUGUUUGUUUCGAUUUUACAGUUAUGGGUUAGAGCGUCAUUUUCGUAAGGCUGUUUUUAAAGAUUUCCAGGAGGAAACUCUCAGAGACUAUGAUAAUAAUCAUCUGUAUGGAUUGGAAAAAUUUUGGGCUUUCUUGCAUUACAGUCAACGCAAAGUAAAACUGGAUACACGUUUACAGAACCUAUUGGACACAAAAUAUCGUACACUACAAGACUUUCGAGUCAAUUUCGAACCACCCACUGGAUUUUUCGUAGAUAAAUCACGUCGUCGAACCAAAUCAGAAUCAACAGUAACUUGUCAUACGAAACCACCAUUGAGCAGCAGGUCACCUCCUUUGGAGUUACAGUCUACUAGAACAUUUGGACAACCAUAUGUAACAUGA